GGCAGCAGGCAGGCAGGGCGGAACUGCUGUGUGCAGUGUGUCGACGGAAGACGGGCAGCCAGACGGAGUUACUGCUUAACUAAAACAGCCAAGUUGUUAACAUGUUGACGUGCUAGGUUAAACCCCACAGUUUGCCCACCGACAUCGCGGACACCAUCGCGGCUCGUUUCUGGCUGUUUGUUUUUUUGGAGGUGUUUGAACUUCCCUCACAUUCCCCCCCCGACGUAUUUUCACGAAGGGAGGCGGCGGUGGAGCGCUCGGCAGCCAUCUUUGGACCUGCCUGGGAGUGGGAUUCGACUACUCUGGCACCCCAGUUACUUCGAGGGUGGGGAUUUUUUUAAACCUGUAAUAAAUCGCAGAUCAGUGUGUUAUAAUCGACUGACAGCGUUGGGAACCGCAAGGACUUGGCGUGCGAAACCACCGUGCCGGGUAUGAAACCGGAAGAGGACUUUUAUAAUCCCAAACUGUUUUGAAAUACGCGACAUUCUCCACAGUGCUGAAACCUGGCCUGUCAGGAGAGGUUCUGAACACAUAUGAGACCGCAGUCCUGCAGAUGAGCCAUCAGCGGGGGCUUCCAAGUCGCUGUCGCAGACCCAGAUAGUUCCUGGCGGCAGCGGCAUUGCCCCCGACUCCCCACUAUGCCCAACAGCAGUCGGGCGGGGAGCCUGAAGGACCCCGAAGUUGCAGAUCUCUUCUACAAGGAGGACCCAGAAAAGCUCUUCGCGGAUCUGCGUGAGAUCGGCCAUGGCAGCUUUGGUGCUGUAUAUUUUGCACGGGAUGUGCGGACAAAUGAGGUGGUGGCCAUCAAGAAGAUGUCAUAUAGUGGAAAGCAGUCCACUGAGAAAUGGCAAGACAUAAUCAAGGAGGUGAAAUUCCUGCAGAGAAUACAACACCCAAACAGCAUAGAGUAUAAAGGAUGUUACCUGCGAGAGCACACUGCCUGGCUGGUAAUGGAGUACUGUCUAGGCUCUGCUUCAGAUUUGUUAGAAGUUCACAAGAAACCUCUACAAGAAGUUGAAAUAGCUGCAAUCACCCAUGGUGCUCUUCAGGGGUUGGCUUAUCUUCACUCCCACAAUUUGAUUCACCGGGAUAUCAAGGCAGGAAACAUCCUGCUGACAGAGCCAGGGCAGGUAAAACUAGCAGAUUUUGGUUCUGCCUCCAUCGCCUGUCCGGCCAACUCCUUUGUUGGGACUCCAUAUUGGAUGGCCCCAGAAGUAAUUUUAGCCAUGGAUGAGGGUCAGUAUGAUGGAAAGGUGGACAUUUGGUCUUUGGGAAUAACCUGCAUUGAAUUAGCUGAGAGGAAGCCUCCACUGUUCAACAUGAAUGCAAUGAGUGCCUUAUAUCAUAUAGCACAGAAUGAGAGCCCCAUGCUGCAGUCUAGUGAUUGGACGGAGUAUUUCCGAAACUUUGUGGAUUCUUGCCUUCAGAAAUUUCCUCAGGAUAGACCGAACUCUGAGGAGCUCCUAAAGCAUGCAUUUGUCCAGCGCGAACGACCAGAAUCGGUUCUAAUAGACCUGAUCAGUCGGACUAAAGAUGCAGUGCGGGAGUUGGACAAUCUGCAGUAUCGUAAAAUGAAGAAGAUCUUGUUUCAGGAAGCCCACAAUGGCCCCACAACUGAGGCACAAGACGAAGAGGAGGAGCCAGAACACAGUGUGGGUAGGACGGGUACAGUGAACAGUGUUGGGAGCAACCAAUCCAUACCCAGCAUGUCAAUCAGUGCCAGUUCCCAGAGCAGCUCUGUCAACAGUCUAACAGAUGCGGGCGAUGAUAAGAGUGAGGUGGACAUGGAGGGGGACCACACAGUCAUGUCCAACAGCUCUGUGAUACACCUCAAACCAGAGGAGGAGACGUAUAACGAAGCAUCAGAACCUAACACACGGCCAACUGAGCCACAGUCCCAGCCUACCCACACUCCUCGGCCGAAACGGAACCGCGAGCACUUUGCCACUAUACGCACAGCCUCAGUGCUCACCCGCCAGAUUAAGGAGCACGAGCAGGAUUCUGAGUUAAGGGAGCAGAUUUUGGGCUACAAGCGCAUGAGGCGGCAGCAUCAGAAACAGCUGAUGGCUCUCGAAAACAAGCUUAAGGCUGAGAUGGAUGAGCACAGACUCCGUCUGGACAAGGAGCUGGAGAACCAGAGGAAUAGCUUUGCCCAGGAAAUGGAGAAAUUGGUUAAGAAGCACCAGGCGUCCAUGGAGAAAGAUGCAAAAACAUUUAGCAAUGAUGAAAAGAAGUUCCAACAACAUAUUCAGAGUCAGCAGAAGAAAGAGCUCAACAGCUUCCUAGAGUCCCAGAAGCGGGAGUACAAACUUCGCAAGGAGCAACUCAAAGAGGAGUUAAAUGAAAACCAGUCAACGCCCAAGAAAGAAAAGCAGGAGUGGUUGUCCAAGCAGAAGGAGAAUUUCCAACACUACCAAGCAGAGGAAGAGGCCAACUUACAGCGCAGACAGAGGCAGUAUCUGGAUCUGGAGUGCCGCAGAUUCAAACGGAGGAUCUUGAUCGCUCGCCACAACAUCGAACAGGACUUAGUGCGAGAGGAGCUAAACAAGCGACAGACCCAGAAGGACUUGGAACAUGCCAUGCUUCUCCGGCACCAUGAGUCCAUGCAAGAGCUGGAGUUCCGCCAACUCAACACAAUCCAAAGGACGAGGGCUGAGCUGAUCCGCCUGCAACACCAGACGGAGCUCACCAAUCAGCAGGAAUACAACAAGAGGAGGGAGAGGGAGCUUCGGCGCAAACAUGUUAUGGAGGUUCGCCAGCAACCCAAGAGCCUCAAGUCCAAAGAGCUACAGAUCAAGAAGCAGUUCCAGGACACAUGUAAGAUCCAGACCAGGCAGUACAAAGCACUGAGGAACCAUCUGUUGGAGACCACACCAAAGUCAGAGCACAAGGCUGUCCUUAAACGGCUGAAGCAGGAGCAGCACCGCAAACUCGCCAUCUUGGCAGAGCAGUAUGACCACUCCAUCAAUGAGAUGCUUUCCACUCAGGCGCUUCGUCUGGAUGAGACUCAGGAGGCUCAGUGCCAAGCCCUACGAAUGCAGCUACAGCAGGAGCUUGAGCUUCUCAACGCCUACCAGAGCAAGAUCAAGAUGCAGACAGAUGCCCAGCACGACCGCGAGAGGAAGGACCUGGAGCAGAGGGUGUCACUCCGAAGGGCCCUGCUUGAACAAAAGAUUGAGGAGGAAAUGAUGUCCUUGCAGAAUGAACGCUUGGAGCGAAUCAGGAGCCUGCUGGAACGCCAAGCCCGAGAAGUUGAGGCUUUCGACUCGGAGAGUAUGCGCCUGGGCUUCAGCAACAUGGUGCUAUCAAACAUCUCCCCAGAGGCCCUCAGCAAUAGCUUUCCGGGGGCUCCAGGAAGUUGGAGUCACCAUCAACAGCACCCAUCCGGGAGUGCUCAAGGGCCACACUGGGGCAGCGGCAAUCUGGGCCCAGGAUCGAGCCACCAAGGUGGCCAUCACCACUUUCACUCCAGUCCAGGAGGGGCAUCUAUGCAGCAAGGCUGGGGGCAAAGCAUGCAGGGAGGUGGGGCUCCAUCACCGUGGGGCCACCCAUCAGGAGUCUCCCGCAACAGCGGAGGUAUACAGAACAGCCCCCAAGCAAUGGGGAGGACACCCUCAGGAGGGCGCAAUGAGCAGGGCAUGAGCAGGAGCACCAGUGUCACCUCUCAGAUAUCUAACGGGUCACACCUCUCCUACACAUAGAUCCCCCGUCAGCUCCGGAGUCAGAGGUUGAGCGUGGCGGCGAUGAAUCCAACAGAUACAGCAGGACAGACUCUGCGACCCUUCGCCUUCGCUCUUCCCGUGUACAGAUGUGGAUGUGUGAUGAAAUAAAUGUUGCUCAGGUCAAAAGGGCUGGAAGAGACACAGCCCGUCCUCACGGCAGUUUAUCGGCACACAUACAGAUCCAUAAAUUUAUGUUACAUAAGCAAUUUGAGUGUCAACACAUAAUACUCCCAUUUGUUUUUAUUUACAGCUCUCUUAUGGAAUUUUAAAAACAUGUUUCGUGGUAUUCACAGCCAUUGCUCUCAUUUUGCACAUGAAACACUGUUCAAAAGCUUUUGACACGUGUUAAAUAUGUCCUUAGAAAUGUGGUAUCAAACAAUCACAGUAAACUGAUUUUUUUAUUUAGCGACCCCCCUCCCUCACUCUGCCGAUUCAUAUUCAGUUAUACACUGGUUGAUUCUCUGAUGGUGGUUAAAAGUGCAGCGGACCUUACUAAUGAUGCUUUGCUGUUGUGAUACCAGCCUGCUGUAAUGGUCAUCGUGAUAAAUUAGAUUAUUUGCUUCCUUUUAUUCAUUAGUUUAAUUUCACCUGAUUUUCAUGGUCAGCCAAAAGGAGACUUUACAAAUUCAGAGCCAAAUAAACUAAUCUUACAUGCUUGUGCUACAACACUACUACAGUGCCUUUUAGCCUUUGAUUAUAGAAAUCAGUCUCAGAUGUUUAUAGUUUAAUAUUUUAAAUCACAUCACCAAUUUAUAAUCUGUGCCAGUAUAUGUUUAGUGGUUUUACCUCUGGAGGUCGCAGAUACUUUUCUCAGAUUAUUAUAUUCACUGUGUUUGCAGUAAAGUUGGUUUAAGUCUUAUAAAUGGUAAGAAACAGAAAACUACUUGUAUAUCAGUAACUACAUUUUUCGGGCUUUAGAGUGGUGGUACUUGCACGUGUUACAGAGAAUGUCAUUGUACACAUUCACAGGAAUUGUUAGGAGAAAAAGGAGACUCAUUUGCCUUCAAAAACAAUCCUAGUAUUGAUCUGUUGAGUUUUAUUAGUGCCUUUUUUAAACUGCUGCCUUUUUCAAAGCACUUUAUACAGCUAAAUAUGCGUAAGACUGAUAUUUGGUUCCUUUUCCCAAAGCACCUGGUGGGUGGGGGGGGUGUUUUGUCGGUACGCAUGUAGUUAAGUUGAGGAGUUGUGCUAACCUGUGUUGCGAUAUUCUUUGUUUUUUUCUUUUUUAGGAGCGAUUCCCCAAGUACAGACAAGGCCAAGUGUGUGUGAAAGCGUCCCCUCCUUUCUGCAGCUUUAACCGUUUUAAACUGUAGCUGUCGUUAUCUGCUCUGUGUGUUUGUUUGAAUAGAGGGUGCUGCAGUCUUGUUACAUGUUUUGGCCACAGUUUCCAUAAAACAAACUGAACUAAGUUAGAUGAAAAGAGUCCAUUAUGUGCAGGCAGAUAGCUUAAGGUGAUUGUCAUGACCAUGACAGCAGGCUUGGCACUACUAAGACAACUAAAACACUGUUUAAAUGGCCCAGUUAAACACUAAAAAUGUAAAAGGUGCUAAGUUAUAAAUGUUACACCAUCUCAUCAGAACCCAAGAGCAAAGGGUGACUGAAUCAAGCACAUGCUCGCAAGAUGGCAUUGUACGCACACUCAGAAAUACAGCCAAAUACAAAAGAAAUGUGGCAAAAAAGCACUUAGGUAUUCCUUUGAUAGCUCUAGCAGCUCCUCUAAUAAUAUCUGUUUCUGUUCGCUCCCUUCUCUAUGGUUGGUGGUUGAAAUAUUCCUGGAGAAGUUUUAGCAGCCUCUCUGUUCAAGUUAGGCGUUUCAUUUCCAUUCACAGUGAUGAAAACACUUUACUGAAAAAGGCCUUUAAGGAUAAUGAUCCAGAGAUAAUAAGAAUAUAUACUCCCCUUGAAUCACAAAGCUGGAGUUAAAUGUUCAUAUGUGUAUAUUUUAUUAAAGAAGACAUUUAAAGACUAAACUCUCAUUUUAAGAACAUCAUUUCUAAAACUAACUUUAUUUAACUGACAGACCACACUGAUGUUAGCAGAUCUUUCACUUGUGGAGUGAAAGUGGUGUUGAGUUGUCUGGACGUAGCGCAUUGAAUGAUAUUCUUGGUUUUGUGUACACAGACAGAAUGCCUCAUAUGCAUGUAUUUGCUGUCAUCUCCUUUUAAAUGCCACUUAUUUAGUCGGCCUCUGCAUAGUUCCUUCUGCCCAACUGCACACAUUUGUCCCCAUUCCACUCUGAUUCAGAGCCCCUUUUCAGUCACCGGCUCUUUUCUGAAUGUCAUACUGUGAUACAUUCAUAUCACAUUUGAGGACACAAAAAAUGCUGGGGUCUUUUUCUUAAAUAGGUGGGAUUUUAAUUUUCUACAUGUGUAUAUAAUCCUACCUAGAAAGUUAUGCAUUUUAUCAAGUUACAUAUGGUUUGGUCCCAAAACUCUCUUAAUUUUUUUUUUUUUUUUUAAUGCCAAGUAACUAGUUCCAGCUACUGUAACACAGCAGGUUAUAUUCACCAUUUCUUUUCUGAUUUAUUGAUAUUUGGCAAAGAAAAGGGGGAAUGUAUUUAUCAUGAUCGAAAUCUAACCUUAAUUCAAAAGCCAAGGCCAAGAGUUUGAAUGUUAGGCCAAUCAAACCUCACAUACAUGCCAACCUUAAGUUUGUAUGCACAAUUUGUGUUCACUUUUAUGUCAGUGUUGUGUGUGAGGGAGUCUUGAUAUUUUUGUCAAUCAUUGUCAGCGAUAAGACCUUUCCACCAACCUUGAUUUUUAUUUUAUUUUUUUAUUUUUUACUUUUUAACUUUGAUGUCAUUUUUUUGUCCUACUGACUGAAAGCAUGUGGGAUACUGAAUGAGAUCGGCAACAGAAAAUGGUGAUCCUUUAUAUGGUCAAACACUGUGCCAUACCUGAGUUGCCAAGCCAGAUACCACUGCAUUGUCUCAUCUCCAUACUUUUACCUAUCAUUGGGCUGAUGGCAUGAAAUGUAUGAAACAUAAAAACAAGUUGGUUUCUGGUCUAGUGGCCAAAGUUUAAAAAAGGCUUGAAAAGAAGAUGUGGUGACAGGCAAAUUAUGAAAAGAGAUUGCAUUUCUUUGAAGAUGUCAGUAUUCUUCUUUGGCACAUUACCACUACAACUCAUAACCUGUAUUAAACUGUAUAGAUGGUGGGACUUGUUAUGAAUGUCAGAGAGAUUAUGAAGAUACUACGUAAGAUAUGGUAAAGUACUAAAAGUGGAUUUAAAUUGUGUAAAAAGAUUCAUAAAACAGAAUAAAAAAUAGGAUCAAAUGUACUAUUUUGUUUGUAUUAUAUUUACCAUUGUGUUGGCAGAGGGAUAUUGAACAGAAAUCAGCUGUAAUAAAGUAAUUUUAGUAUAAUG